AUGAAAAUCCAUUAUAUUAAUAUAUUAUUGUUUGAGCUUCCAUUAAAUAUAUUGAUAUAUAAUCAAAGGAACCAUAAAAGCACCACACAUCAUACAUUAAAAAUACCAACUACCAGGUUAUUAUGCGAAUGCGAAUUAUAUUCACCUGCCAAUUAUGACAACGAUCCUGAAAUGAAAGAAGUGAUGGAAAUUUUCGAUCGUCAAACCUCAGAAAGGUUUCAUGAAUAUGACGAACGUAUGGUCGAAAAACGAAUGCAAUGUAAAGAUAAAUGCGAUAAAGAAAUACAAAAAAUUAUAUUAAAAGAUAAAUUGGAAAAAGAAUUGGCUGAAAAGUUUGUCACAUUACAAACAGAUAUACAAAAUGAUGCUAUUCCCACAUGUGUGUGCGAAAAGUCGAUAGCAGAUAAAGUGGAAAAAGGAUGCUUGAGAUGUGUAGGUGUGUUUGGUGGUGGUGUGAUGCCUGGAUUUGGUACGAUAGGAGGAACGGCUUUAUAUGCUUUAAACCAGUUGAAACCUGCGGUAUUUAAGGCCGCUAUUAAAGCAGCUCUAGAAGAAGGUGCUGCUGAGAUUUUGGCUGCGGGUAUUGAAGCAGGUGAUGCUGCAGGUAUGAAUGUAGUUAGAUAUGGAUUAAGAUAUUUGCAUGUACAUGAAUUAUUUCCUGUAAUAUUUGAUUCCUUUGUUAAAACAAGACCUUAUAAUGAAAUCACAUCUAUUGCUAAUUCAAUUUUGUUGAAAUAUGGUCCGACCUGUACGGGGCUCGACAACAAUAGUCCCCCUGCUGCAUGCACUAAAUUUCAGCUUAAUUUAGGUAUACAUAAAAAAAUUGGUGCUAUGAUUGAUACACAUGGUACUCCAGCAUCUACUGCUAUACGACAAGGGUUAGAAGGAAUUCUUGAAGAAGCAACACAAACUGCUGAAGCAGCUGCUAAGAUUGCUGAAAAAGGUGUUGCUGCUGAAAUCACAGCUCGAGAGACCGCUUUGAUAGAAGCUGGAUUUAACAGUUCCAUUACUUCCAUAAAUGCUUCGAUUUUUGCAAUUGUAGUAAUCGUUUUAAUUAUGGUGAUAAUAUAUUUAAUUUUACGUUAUCGACGAAAAAAAAAAAUGAAGAAAAAACUCCAAUAUAUAAAACUAUUAGAAGAAUAG